UCUCUCUCGGCCCCACCUUUACAUUUCCUUUCUCAUGUCUUGGCUUGAACUGGCAUGCCAAAGAUGUCACUGGCGUAGAUAAACGUGUUCCCCGUGUGUAAAUAGACCUAUAGGCAUAUAGUUUAGAAUGGUUGUUGAACUUUAUUUCCCUCGGUCUCGGUAGAGCUAGCCUCGUUGUUUGCCCGUUGCGCAUUGUUUUAACUCAUCACUCGUAAACUACGAAAAUGAGUGAAGAAGAGGAUAACAUUUCGGCGAUGGAUGAGACAGAUCUUGAGGGCGGGACGGAGAUUCCGAUGGGUUUACUAGACGACGUUGGACUUGUUUAUUCUGAGAAUUAUCUGCCAUCUUACAGAGAAGGCCAAUCGGUGCCCAAAGUGGAAGAGACGGAAUUCAAUCAGAACCCAGACUCGCUCUUCUUCAACGAUGGUGAGCGUCGCAUCGACUUUGUGCUGGUGUACGAGGACGAGAGCAAGAAGGACUUUGAGAAGAGGCACACGCUCAUGCGGCGAAAACGGAGAAGAGAAUAUUUUGAAGCCAGCCUGAUGAAGAUGGGGAUGGAGCUGGAAGCCACUAGAUCUGUAGUGGAUGAGAAGAUCAACUUUGUGAAGGUCCACAUGCCCUGGGAUGUGUUGUGCACAUACGCUGAAGUCCUUCACAUCAAGCUGCCGAUUCAGCAAAAUGACCUCGUCACCAAGUCCUCGCCGUUCAAUUGCUUCACCAAGUAUUUCUACCCCAGCGAAGACGCCAUAGCCUCGGAGCCCGAGUACUUCACAGCUGCGUUUGAGAAGAACAGGUUGGAGUACUUCCACGUCAAAAACCAGGAUGAGUUCUUCACACCUGCAAUGAGGAGUAGAAUGGCCUACUACAUUCUGUGUCGAGCCACCUAUGAAGAAACUAUAAAAGUGAAAAAGUUUGGCAUCACCAAGCUGCUGGAUAGUGGCGUGUACAAGGCUGCAUACCCCCUUCAUGAUUGCAAAUUCAAUGUGAAAUCCCAAGAGGAAGGAUAUGCCAACGAGAGGUAUCUGCUAUACUCUGAGUGGGCCCAUCCAAAAAACUUCUACAAGAUGCAGCCUCUCGACCUCAUCAGAAAGUAUUAUGGGGAGAAAAUAGGCAUCUACUUCGCCUGGCUGGGCUUCUACACCUUCAUGCUGACACUGGCUGCCAUCGUGGGCCUCUGCUGUUUCAUAUUCGGAUAUAAGACACGAGAAACAAGCACAUGGAGUAAAGAGGUGUGUGACCCAGAGAUUGGUGGGAGGAUCUUCAUGUGCCCGAGGUGUGAUAAAGACUGCACCUACUGGCGCCUCAACAGCACCUGCGAGACCUCAAAAGACCUUUGUGUAUUUGACAACUAUGGGACAUUGGUGUUUGCUGUAUUCAUGGCAAUUUGGGUGACCGUGUUUCUGGAGUUCUGGAAACGCUAUCAGGCCGAGCUGGAGUACGAGUGGGACACGGUGGAGUUCCUGGAGCAGGAGGAGCAGCCCAGGCCAGAGUACGAGGCCAAGUGCAUCUACGACAGGAAGAAUCCGGUCACUGGGGAAGAAGAGAAAGUGCCUUACACUGCCUGUGGGAAAUGUAUGAGAAUUGGAUGUGGAAUUGGAACAGUUGUAUUCUGGAUCAUCCUGAUCAUCGCGUCGGUGGUGGCGGUGAUCGUGUACCGGCUGGCCGUCUUCUUCACCUUCUCGCGGCGUCUGCGCGAGGACAUCAAGGGCCUGGAGCCCAUCAAGGAGUAUGUGACGCCGCAGCUGGCCACCACCGUCACGGCCUCCAUCAUCAGCUUCGUCAUCAUCAUGAUCCUCAACAACCUCUACGAGAGGGUCGCCAUCUGGAUCACCGACUUUGAACUCCCGAGGACGAGGACAGACUAUGAGAACAGCCUGACGCUGAAGAUGUUCCUCUUCCAGUUUGUCAACUACUACUCGUCCUGUAUCUACGUGGCCUUCUUCAAGGGCAAGGUGGUGGGCUACCCUGGACAGCCAGUCUAUUGGCUAGGGCUCUAUCGAAACGAGGAGUGUGAUCCUGGUGGAUGUCUUAUUGAAUUGACCACUCAGCUGAGCGUGAUUAUGGGAGGCAAGGCCAUCUGGAAUAACAUACAGGAAGUUCUGUUUCCGUGGGUGAAAAAUGUGAUUUUCCGCUACUGCAACAAAGUCAAGGCAGAGAAGAUCAUUCCUCGAUGGGAGCAGGACUAUCAGCUGCAGCCAAUAGGAAAGCUGGGCCUGUUCUAUGAAUACCUGGAAAUGGUGAUCCAGUUUGGCUUCGUGACUCUCUUCGUGGCCUCGUUUCCUCUGGCUCCUCUGCUGGCCCUGGUGAAUAACCUGCUGGAGAUCAGGGUGGAUGCCUGGAAGAUGACCACACAAUUCCGCCGGAUUGUGCCAGAAAAGGCCCAGGACAUCGGAGCAUGGCAACCAAUUCUUCAGGGCGUUGCCAUCUUGGCUGUCGCCAGCAAUGCAGCCAUAAUUGCUUUCACAUCAGAUAUGAUCCCACGCCUGGUUUACUACUGGUCCUUCUCUAUAACGCCGUACACAGAGAGCUCCACUCAGACCAUGUCAGGCUACAUCAACAACACCCUCUCCAUUUUUAACGUCAGUGAUUUCACAGAAGUCAGCCGGCCUCGUGAUGAUGUGAUUCCGUACUGGUUUGACAACAGCACCACCUGCAGGUAUCGAGAUUUCAGAUACCCUCCGGGACACCCGAAAGAGUAUGACCACAACAUUUACUACUGGCACGUCAUCGCUGCCAAACUAGCCUUCAUCAUAGUUGUGGAGCACAUAGUGUACCUGACCAAGUUCAUGCUGUCCUACGCCAUCCCUGACGUGCCUUACAAGGUGAAGGAGCAGAUCAAGCGGGAGAAGUACCUGACUCAGGUGCUGCUCCACGAGGCCAACCUCAAGCUGGCCACCCAGAGGGUCAAGCCCAUCGUGGACAAGAUCAAAUGCAACUUGGACAAUGAGGAACUGGACCUGCCCUUGUGAGAAGAAAAAAAAUCAGUGCAUUAUUUUUACGAGAUUGCAGUGAUAUCAUGUCUAAAUCACUGCAUUGUGCCUUUUUUGCAGUAUGCAAACUCCAUUUUGCGGGGGGGUUUUUGGUGUUGGUGUUUACAAAUCACAGAAAUCACUGCCUAAAACUACGCCAAGACAGUCAUUAUGUAAAACUGCAAUUUUUAUAAUGCAGUACAAGCAGGUUUUUUCCCCGUAAGGUUGUACCUUUUGUUUGCAGUAUGUGCCACAAAACCAACUGAAGAUUGUGGGGAUAUCGUGAGAAAAUGAACUGAUGUACUGGUGACAUUCCCUCCAUAAGUGUGAUAUUCACUUAACUUUCCUGGGAAAUAAUGCUCUCUUUCAAGUGAAUUUCAUGGAUGCAAUUAGACCAGUAGGAUGUUAACUGUUCUAACAAAACCUGCGACUCUUGAACUGAAGUGCCAUACCAGCACCUGCUGCUGCAGUAAGAUGGGCCAAAUGUAAAAAAAAGAGAAA